AUGCUGCACGGCAGCGUUGCUGGCUCUUCGUCUGUAGAAGCAGGCUCAGUGACUGCAACCCUGCGGGGAGCACAAUUCGCGUCCAGCCAAGGAAGCACCAAGCUGCUGUCGCCUUCUUAUCCUGCGAUGGACUCUGGUAUCACCACCGGACUCGCGAUCACGCUGCCAAUGACACCUCCAGAGAGUCCUGUGUACUCACACGAUCCCUCCGAUACGCUUCCUGCACCUGCUCUAUUCCACAACUACCUUCGAGCCUUCUAUCCGUUCGAGGCUCCGGCUGACUCAGACUCCGGCGAUGAUGCUCUAAUGAUGACAGUCACCAUCAAGCCAGGCGAUCUAAUCUUGGUUCAUUCGGUCCAUGCAAAUGGCUGGGCAGAUGGUACGGUCGUUACCACCGGAGAGCGAGGGUGGCUCCCCACAAACUACUGCGAAGCUUACGAUCAUCCGUAUUUACGAAAUUUACUGAAUGCGAUGACCCAGUUCUGGGAUCUUAUCGGAGCCAACGAAGACGCCAACUUGUCAACGUUUGUGCGCCAGGACUAUAUACGCGGCCUCAUCGCAGGUGUACGAUAUCUCCUUGAGCACGCCGACUGCUUACACAGAGAUGCAUCUCUUGUGCAAGGACAUACUGGCAUCCGUCGAAUGCGAAAAGGCCUGCUCGCAGAUCUAUCAAAUCUGGUGCAGAUUGCCAAAGGGUUACAAGAGACGAUAAGUGAGCCUUUCGCCGGCGAGGUGGUGCACUAUCUACUCGAUGAUGUAAUCACAAAAGCAUUCAAAGUGGUUACACGAGCUGUGGGUUUUGCGGACAUGUGGGCCAAGGAAAUCGCAGAGUCGAGAUCCGAAACGGACAGCCAAGAUACACGCGACUAUAGGAAAGCCGGCGCAUCGAGCUUUGAGUCCCUACAACUGGCGAUAGACACAAGUGCGCCCUAUACAGCCCAGACCGACCGCCGUGUGGACUCUGCGAAGGUCGUACCGAUUGAUCAAGGAAAGCUCUCCGACUCGGAGGAGACCUCUAGCCACCAGACUGCCCAAGAAGCCAACGGCCAUGCCGCGGACCUGAGCGAGAGGCCUACAAUCACACGCUCGGGCACCACCUCCUACAGGCUUUCCACUAUCGAUAAUGAAUCUUCAACACCGACUUCACUUGCAUCUGGUCAGCUAUCUCAAGCGCACGACGAGUGUAUCAGCCAUAUUGGUGCUUUCAUAGGGCAUCAUCUCCAAGCUCGACCCACAGCAGAGCUGGCUGACACGACGGAGCGAGUGGUCCUGGCAUGCAGAGCUCUUUUAGCCGCCGUCGAUGUGGUGCUUGCGCGUGACAGCCAGUAUUCAGCGUCAGUCCACCAAGCACGAAUUGAGUUUCAAUUGAAGCUCGAAGAAGUGGUGAAGGCGACCCGUAACGUCUUCACCUUCUCGGAUACGGAAGAAAGUAAUGCUGUGAUGCUACCGGAACAAACGAAUAGACUGGUAGCUGUCGGGACGAGCCUUAUUCGCACUGCGGGUGAAUGUGUUGCGCGGACCAAGAAUCUGAUCGAGCAGAUUGGAGAUGUGGAGUUGAACAAGCAAUCAAAUCAAACAGACGAGCGACCAACAACAGCGAUUACGACUUCGCCCUCUACAGCCUCGGAAGCGUUAGCUCAGCCACGUAUCCUCACAUCCUUCCAGAAGCGACUCUCCCGCAAAGUACUUCCUUCACUCCCAGCAUCCGGCCUGGCUUCGAGCACGAGCGUGGACAACGUUGAGCAAGCGCCUGAAGGAGGCAACGCCGGGCCUGGAGCUACCGAUGAGCGCCCAUCGACAGCAGAUUCUCACGGAGCCAAGGCAACACCUUCCAUGCGCCGGCGAUCAAGAAUCAGAUUGUCCCAUAAUGGUAUUAGUGGCGCCAGUCUGAAAAGUCCUACCAUGCCUGCAAUAUUUCAAGUAGAUGAGGGUCCUACACGGAAAGACAGUGCAGGUUUGUCAAUUGAUGGGUCCGCCGAGACGUUCCGGAGUAGCAUGAGGCAUUCUGGCAUCAGCGCAGUCUCUGAGGUUUCGACACGGGCUACCACACCCGACCACGACAAGGCUCCCCUCAGCCCGGACCCAGGCCUCCUGGACAGCUUCCACAGUAUAUCGAGCUUGCAUACAACCGAGUCGGACCCACUCAACGACGCUGAGACACAAUUAUGGCAGAAGACAUUCGCGAGCGAACUGACAUUAAACAAGGACGGCCAAAUCACCGGAGGUACCCUGCCAGCGCUGAUCGAACAACUUACCAUCCAUGAUGUGGCACCUGAUCCACAAUUUAUGAUUGCAUUCUACCUCACCUUCCGAAUGUUCGCCACACCCCGGGAUUUCGCGCAGACAUUGAUCGCACGGUUCGACUAUAUUGGGGACAGCGCAGCAAUCGCAAAACCCGUCCGACUACGGGUGUACAAUGUCUUCAAGGGCUGGAUGGAGACUUACUGGAGCGCUGACGCCGAUAAGGACGCUCUUGGUGAGAUCCGGUAUUUUGCUCUCCACAAGUUGAAGGCUCAUCUACCAUCUGCGGCGGAUCGUCUACUUGAGACCAUUCGCAAGAUCACAGAGAGCUACCACAGUGGAGAACAUACCGGCCAACUCGUUUCUGGGAUUGGUAAAACGAGCAUAGCAGCACAGCAAGCCACGAAUGACGAAGCACCAGAGCCGAUGGUCUCGAAGGCACAAAUGAACCUGCUUCGAGCGGCAGAGAAAGGUGGCUUGGUCUGCAGCGUCUUGGAGUUCGAACCUCUUGAAUUGGCAAGGCAAUUGACUCUGAUGACCUCGAAGAUUUAUUGCGCAAUCCAGCCUGAAGAGCUGCUCAGCCUGGACUGGGGCACAAGAGGCACCAACAAGGCUCAAAAUGUUCGGGCUAUGUGUUCCAUGAACACGGAUCUUGCGCACAUCGUCGGAGACAGCAUUCUUGCGCCUGACGACGCAAAGAAACGUGCUGUUGUGGUCAAGCACUGGAGCAAGGUGGCAACGCAUUGCCUCGAGUUGAACAACUACGAUUCUCUGAUGGCGAUCAUGUGCUCAUUGAACACAUCUGUCGUUCAGCGCCUCAAGCGGACAUGGGAUCUAGUUAGCAAGAAGACUCGGGCCAGACUGGCUGAGCUCAAUGCAAUCAUUGACGUAUCGCGGAACUCAGUGGCCCUGCGAAGACGCUUGGAGACACCAGUGGCACCUUGUAUACCAUUUCUGGGCAUAUACCUAACAGACCUUACAUUCCUGGAUGUUGGCAACCCGAAGACCCGAGAGCUUCCAGGUGCUGCAUCCGACGAUGGUCAGACAGUCUCUGUGAUCAACUUCGAUAAGUAUAUGCGAAUGGCCAAGGUCAUCAGCCACCUGCAAAAGUUCCAGGUACCGUACAGUCUCCGACCGGUGCAGGAGAUGCAAGCGUGGAUCGAUUCACAUAUGUCCCAAAUGCGUGAGAGCAACGAUCAGAUGGUUGGCAAGUUUCACCGGCGCAGCUUGGUCGUUGAGCCCAAGCUGGAGGAUGCGAAGCUUCUCAAGGCGGUCGAUGCUAGGCGUGGUACCGACACCGCGAGCGAACGUCCGAAGACGGGCAACAAGGAGCGGUUUGACAUGUUCUUGAGAAACAACCAUUUCAAUCUCAAGGCACUGACAUCACAGGACAGUCCAGCGAUAGAGUCGCAAUCUGGUGGCGAGAAGCAGGCUUCCUCAUGA